UAUGGAACGUCGCUGGAGCUCGCAGACAGAAAUUGACGAAUGGAUUAAAAGGCGCAACGAUUAUCGCUCCUCCAAACAGUUGGCUCCAUUGAAUGAACUUCGUCAAGAUGACCCACAUGGAUAUCGCAAUGCUCUGGAGAGGGAAAGAAAGACCUUACUUUCACGUCUAGAGACCCUGACAACGCGAACGUGGUCCUGGCCGGUUGACAAACCACCAGUGAAUGAGUGGCCUGCGCCAUUCAAUGGAACACUCUAUUUGCCUAAUACCUACUAUCAACGCCAUGGCUUUAGUAAGAUCCAAUUUACCGAGAAGCAGAACCUAAACAUCAUUGUUCAUAGUUUUUAUCAAGAACGGGUAGGACCUGAAUACCCUGGCAUUAACUUCGUGACCCAAGAUGGCUUUUGCAAUACAAGAAACGAAUAUCUUGGGCCUAGCCCGCGUGUUGCGGGUUAUCAGUUCGACGGGACCAAGCGAACAGCAAUUAUAGAAUGGUACGAUGACCAUCUGUUUCACAAGUGGGUUGAAGAUAGACCAUGGAAGAUUGAAGUUUAUUAUGAUCGCAACGUGGAAGGCUGGGUCUCCAAGGCUCGUGGGGAUUUUUGCAAGAACUACGACUGGAAUGAAUAUCUAGGACUGGAGUCGUG